AUGCCGCACGCAACGCUCCCCCCCGAGCUGCUUGACCAAGUUGAACGAGUGCUCAACGCCCGAACUGUUCAUGAAGGCGGUGGUUCCAGUGGGCAGGAAGAGCCAUUGAUCGACUUUAGUCUGCUUAACUCCCUGAACAAGCUCUUUCCUGAUGAGGCAUCACUGGAGAGGAUUGAACAGGUACAAGCGGACCUCAAAGCUCAGCAUGCAGCACUGCAGCAGGAGAUCAUCGAGCUUCGAGCUCAGCUACGACAAGAGUCGGACGCAACGAGAAUGCAGACUAUCCAGGCACUUAUUGCUGAGCUGCUUUCUCAGAUGACACGCAUACGCGAAAAGGCUACCGAGAGCGAAGCGAUAGUGCGCGAGUUGACAAAGGACAUGCAAGCACUGGACUUGGCUAAGCGUAACUUGAGCUUGAGCUUGACGGUACUGAAGAGAUUCCAGAUCCUCGUGAACGAUCUAGGACGACUGGAUGGGCUUGUUCAAGAGAGGAAGUACAGCGAGGUCGCUCCUACCCUGGGUGCGGUUAAGCAGAUUGCCACCUCGUUUAGACCGUAUGCCUCAGUGGACAAGAUCGCCUUGGGAAUGAAGAGGAUGCAGGAGUUGACUGGGCAGUUGAGGACCGAGUUGGACGAGGAUUUCGAGGCUUUCUACAAUCAAGACCGACAAAAGCCGAUCAAGCCAAGUACCAUCCGAUCCGCAUGCGAAGUAGUCGACGUGAUGGGCACUGAUGUCCGUCUUUCCCUUAUCGACCGGUAUUGCGCUCUCCAGCUGAAAGAGUACCGCCGUAUCUUCCGCUCGACCGACGAAGCUGGCCAGCUGGACAAUAUCUCCCGCCGGUUUGCGUGGUUUAAGCGCGUGCUGAAUGCGCAUGACGAGGAGAGGGGUGAUGUCUUCCCCAAAGAAUGGAGGGUCGAACAGUACCUCUGUGCCAAGUUCACCGAUAUAACAAGGGACGACCUGGCGGUUGCGCUUACGCGGGCAGGGCAGAAACUCACCGUCGCUCUUCUGCUCGAGGCGCUCAAGGAGACGCUCGAGUUUGAGCAAACUAUGAGUCGGAAGUUUGACACGCCGUUCUUGGAGGUCGUGGGCGUUGCCGCUUCCAUUGCCAAGCCACCCGCAAUGCUGUCAGGAGUAUUUGACACACAUAUGGGCGUGUUUGUGGAUGCUCAAGACAAAGCACUAUCAGAUAUGCUCGCUGGCUACCGGGGUACCAAGUCUCGCGCCUCUCUGGAUGAAGCGACAAGCGAUGGGAAUAACCAGACCGUACUUGGUUCCUCCACCGAUCUGUUCUACUUCUACCGUCAGAUCCUAGAGCAGUGUGCGAAGCUCUCCACCAAACAAGCGUUGUUUGACCUGUGCUCGCUCCAGAAGAAGUGGCUUAGGAUCUAUGCGGAGGACGUGCUUACAUGCAGUGAUAAAGAAGGCCGUUCGUUCGACCGCAAAUCCGCGGACGGCAGAGUCAACAUAUCUGAGCUGAAGAACGCCUCGCUUGUGCUAAACACAGCGGAGUACUGUCACGCCACCGCUGCGCAGCUAGAGGAGCGUAUCAAAGAACUUAUACAUCCUGAUUAUCGGGAAAAGGUCACUCUUCAGCCGGAGCAGGACGUCUUCGUGGGCGUCAUCGCUAGCGCCAUCUCCGUCCAACUUAAGGAACUGGAAGCGGCGACGGACCCAAGCUUCGCCGUGCUCUCCAGGGCGGGAUGGGGCGAGGUCACCAGCGUCAGCGGGCCGAGUAACGCUGUGAUGGACUUGGUGAAGACUGUGGAGACGGUUGGUGAGGGCCUGAAGGAGCAAGUGCAGUAUAAGAAGUGGCUGAGAAACUUCUACGAUAAGGCUGCACACACCUUGAUGACGAGAUUCAGUCAUGCGGUGGUCAAGAGUCGGCCGAUUAAGGACGUCUCAGCGGAGCAGGCAAGCAUGAUCUGUUUUUCACAACCCUUCAUCCUCAUUCAUACUCAGAUUAUGAUCGACUUACAAACACUCCGAUCCUGCAUCCUAGAGCUCCCCGGGACCCAACCGGGCGAGACGCUCAGCAGUUAUAUCAAAAACAUCACCAAGACGACGACGAACCUCGAAACCGUGCUCAAGUUGGUUAUCGCGCCCGUCAUACCGGCCGAUGCUUUCGUGCAAAAUUAUACGUUGCUCAUUCAGGACUCGUCUUUCUCUAACUUCCAAAAAAUUUUGGAUCUCAAGGGCACGCCCCGAGCGGAGCAGAAUACACUGCUCGACACAUUCCUCACCGUGACGAGCCAUAUGGAGCACCUAGAGAGCACGUCCUUCCUCUCCUCCCUUGACAUGGAUCCGGACAACAAGCAGACACAACCGAGCACACUCGGACGUACGCUGACGAGCCCGCCUAUGAGCGGUAGCAGGGUCACGCUUCCGUCUAUCCUAGUCGGAUCGGGUGCGAUAGCGGAGGAGCCAGGUUCAGGGGCAUUAAGCGGGAGCAGUACGAGUAAGGGCGAACAACCAAGGCAGGUGUUCUCCAACCUACGGAGUUUCAUGGCCUUUGGCUCGCGGAGGGAAUCUGUAAUAAAAUAAGUAAUACC